AUGGACAAGCCAGCAGUGUUGCCAGAGAAGCCGGCAUCAGCAAAGGCCAACAGUGAUGCCUGGGAUGUGAUCUUGGAAUUUGCAAUGACUGAAAUGUCGUUACCGCAAGCAGAACAGGGGCUUGAACGCGUUCUUGGGACAGAUUACUAUCCCAAGGACUGGAAUGCGCCUCUUGACGCUGUCAUGGCCUGCAAAGGCAAUUCAAUCAAGGCUGAGCUUGCUGUUCGGGAUCUCAUGGCUGCUCAGACUGAAGCUGCUGCCAAGGGUCCUCUGUGCCGAUUUGCUUGCGAUCACCAUCUCUGCGCGGCCAAGGAUGCGCUGUCUGACACCAUUCAAACACUUGCUACAGAGCGCUGCAUCCGCGGAAUCUUCCCUUUGCUUGACAACAUUCUGGAUCCACUCAUUGAACGACAAGAGCCGGGAUCCAGUGUUCUCGGCUUUGUGGAUGGAGACAACACAAAUGAGAUCAUUCAACACAUGCGCAGGGUUGAUCAGGAGGAGCUCGAGGCCAAGAUCGAGGAGGAGGAGGAGCCCGAAUUCUCGUUUGAUAAGAAGGAAGCCAUCAUGGCAAUAAAGCUCCUGGAGCAGAUCGCUGAACACCGACCUGAUCUCGACUUGACACUGACCCUUGGCCCUCAACUUUGUAAAAUGCACGUUGGGCUCACCAAGGAGAUUCAACAGGGCAAGAAACAGACGGAACUCAGUCAGUACUUCAAGUAG